AUGACCUCCUCGACCGCGGCGUCCCAGUCCGAGCUCAAGGCCGCCAAGGUCCCCCUCGGCUGGCGCGACCAGUGCUCUGCGCUGCUCAUCCCCUUGAACGUGUGCAGGAAGGAGAAGCUGUACCUGCCUUGGGAGUGCGAGAAUGAGCGGCAUGUGUAUGAGAAGUGCCAGUACGACGACUAUAUGCGCCGGAUGAAGGAGCUGUCGAAGCGCAAGCUCGAGGCCGCGGAGGAGUGA